CCCACCCUGUCAAACACCUUUGAGAGAGCGUGAGGGAGAAAGAAAGAAACGCAUUUUACAAAAACAUGGGAGCCAUCUCUUGUGAACGAGAAUCUUGGGUUUCUUCAAGAAACCUAGUAGAAGUUAAAGAAAAUCAACAAAAUGAUCAAACCCACAACGUAGAUUUACCUGCUGAUGAUGUUCUGUGUCAAGAGACUGAACAAGUGUGGCAAUCCAUGCACCAAAAUAACACCUUUACCAAAAGCAUCAACAAGGGUUCUCUUCAAAAGAUCCAGAGAAAGAAGAGUCAAGUGUUGUUAGAAGGGUAUGUGGAAGGAAGUUGUAGCAGUAGUGAAGAUGAGUUGAAGAGGACAAAGAGCUUGACAGAUGAUGAUCUUGAUGAGUUAAAAGGGUGCUUGGAUCUUGGGUUUGGUUUCAGUUAUGAUGAGAUCCCUGAACUUUGCAAUACUUUGCCAGCUCUUGAGCUUUGUUACUCAAUGAGUCAGAAAUUUCUUGAUGAGCAUCAGAAGUCUCCUGAGAGAAGUUCUCCUGCCGUGGCUGAGGCUGCAAAUUCUAGUCCUAUUGCUAAUUGGAAGAUCUCUAGUCCUGGUGACCACCCUGAAGAUGUUAAAGCAAGACUCAAAUAUUGGGCACAGGCUGUGGCAUGUACUGUUAGGCUAUGCAGCUGAAGGCCGUUUUGAAUUCAAAAGGUUCAUCUUCUUAAGAAAAUUCGAUGCGCAUUUUCCUUGGCAAUGGGCAAUCAAUAUAGCCUGGACCUAUAUCCAGGGCUUGCACCACAGAUCCUUUCCAGUGCAACUACAUGCAGGAAGUUAAGCUCUUGCAUUUUGUUUAGCUGGAAUGGACCGGCCAGAGCAUAUGCAAUGAUGGGCCGGCUUUAAAGUAGUUGAAGAAGAAGAGGAGGAAGAGAAAUGUUUCAGGUUUGAGAUUAACUGCAUUCUCAAAUGAGUCUUACUUAAUUCGAAGGCGACUAAGAUAUAUUUCUGCGAUUAUUGUAUUGAGAAUAUUGAAAAUAAUUUGUGAUACGAAUAAAGUUAUCUCUCCUCCAUAUGGUCAUAUUUCUAGUAGCUUGUGUUUGAUGUGGUUAUAAUUAGAUUCGAACCUGAGGAGUUGGUUUUUAUGCAGUGGUGAGAGCCUCUCCAUUAGAGCCUUCACCAAAUACUUUCAGACCUCUGUGAUUGCUGAGGUAACUAAUCUAACUGAGUUGAGUCUUUGAUUAAUCUUGUUUUGACUUUUGCUGAUCCGGAAAUGGUUGUUACGGUGUGCUACUGCUAACAACACUUGCUACUGACAACUAACUUCUGUUUAUCCAUCCCAUGGAUAGAUUAACUACGCCAUUUUGGCUGGUGUGGUGGAGGAGGCAAGAAUGAGGUGGGGGGAUAAAGAAGUGAAGAAGAACAAGCUCGCGCAUGUGCUGAACUCAUUUGUAUUUGCUAACACAGUUUUCUUAUGAUUAACUCAAUUGCGCUCAAACAUGUGGAUGAAUUUACUUGUUCUUCCAUUUGUUGUAAAAAUGAGCAUGGACUCAGAAACUGAAGGUUGAGGUUUCAUUAUACGUUAUAGAAUGCUAUGAUUCUUAUCCAUUUGGUGCCUCACUUUCAACGCCCUUGCAGUUAUACCAAAACGGUGUCUUUGGUGUAUGAUUGAUGCUUUAGGGUGUGGAUCUUCACUUGUUCUGAGAAGAUAACGAACUAACUAUAGCACAAAGCGCUUGCGACUGCAUAUUUUUUUUGCCUUCUACAAGCCGUGGUUAAAACUGCCUUACGAAGGUUAGUGGCGGUUGUACUGGCGGCAGUAUAUCAACUGCAGCACACAAAUCGCCUCAUAGUGUCUCCAAUGUCACUGUCUCUGCACAAAGCAGCCAGCGGUAUUGAUACCUGCUGGAUUAGAGCUCUCUACAGCUGGAAAUUUUAUCCAAAAGGAAUGGCUGGAAAGAUUGCUAUUCGAUGUCAAUUCGGAUAAGAAGCAGAAUGAAAGCACAAGAACGCAAGAGGUUCUCAACUUUGCAAGGUCCUCGAGAAUCUUCUGUAAUUUAUUAGUGCAAUCUGAAUACAUGUACUCGUCCUUGACAAUUAGUUACGUGUAAAGAAAUCAUUCUUCUUA